AUGUCUCAGAAACAAGCAUCAACUAGUUUAGAAUGGAUCAAUCCUUUAAGAACUGGAAGAGGCCUACCUAAACAGAACCUACAAAUUGAAAAAUCCUACUCUUAUCAAAUAUUGGAUAAGCCUGGAACUGUCAGUCCAGUAGAACCUGCUACUAAAAGUGCCACUGGAGAGAAAAAGGGAGUAUUAACAGAGGAGGAUAGAAUAAGAGGAAAUCUAGUCACUUUGGCAGAAAUAAUGGAAUUCAGGAAUUGUGUGGACUAUUGUGGUUUGAUUGAACUUCCUCACCAGCGCAAUAGGUACACAUGGAAUGACAAACACUCUGAACAGAAAAUAUUUUCCAAGAUAGAUUGGGCUUUCAUCAAUGAUAAAUGGCUUGGCAUAAUGCCAACCUAUCAAGCCAAGUUCUUACCUGAAGGAAUAAGUGAUCAUUGCCCCAUGCAGUUAACUUUAGAAGGUAUUAAGACAAGAAAAAAGAAAUCAUUUCAAUACUGCAAUGUAUGGGAUCAACAUCCUUUGUUUGAUGCCACUAUCAAGGCUGGGUGGGAGGUGCAGAUUGAAUGGUGCAAAAUAUUGAGAGUUGUUAAGAGAUUGAGGUUGCUAAAGAAAGGACUGAAGCAAUUAAACUCUAAGUACUUCAAGGACUUGGUAAAUGAAGUAGAUGAUAGCAGGGAGGAAUUAAGGAGAGUUCAGGAGAAGAUGCAAGCAAAUCCACUAGAUAAGGGCAUGCAGAAGAAGGAAAGAGAGGUGUAUCAACAGUUUAGAAGGAUUUCAUAUAUGGCAGAAAUAUACUUACAACAGAAAAGUAAAGCUAAUUGGAUAAGAUUGGGAGAUGAUAAUACAAUGUAUUUUUAUGCCGUGAUUAAACAUAGGAGAAUGAAAUUAGCUACAACACAGAUAAGGGAAAAACAAGGGAAAUGGCAGAGUGAUCCAGAUGACAUAGCUCAGGUGUUUGUUGAGUAUUAUGAGAACUUAUUGGGACAUACUAUUAAUGCAAGAGUUAAGAGCUAUCAGCAGCUUUGUGAAAAGAGGGCCGGUUUUAUCCUUAGAACAAUAGCAUGGGGUAUUGUAGGAGCAGACAUCACAAAAGUAGUUCUGGAGUUCUUUGAUAAUGGUAAGCUCCUGAAAUAA